AAAAGCAAAACCUAUCAGCACUUCCCAAAAUAUGUCACAACUUUUUAUAUAGUGUGAACAGAAAUAAAAAAAUAUCCCCAUCAAAAUGAAGUUACAGUUGUUUUUAAUAAUUUGUUUAAGUAAUGUUAUAGCAGAUAGCUUCGUGCCAGUGAUUUCACUGGAACAAAAAGAGAAAGUUAAAAACACAACAACGCAAGAACCCCUUAAGUUCCUUCCAUUUAUAAUGCUCAUCGAUGGCGAAAAAGAUACCAGUGAAUACUGGCGGGAAACGGAAGUGCUUUCGCUGGUGAUGAACAACGAGGCCGAUAUAGAUUACGAUAAAUGCAAUCAGCACAGCCCGGAGAAGACUGUGGUGCAGUUCCCCAGCCAGAGGACGGUGCGACCCAUCUGUAGGACCAAUAAUGAUUUCCAACUGUGUCCUCAGUGUCCCAGAUUCAAUAAUCAAACAGAAUGCGACUUGUUCCGAGAUUCCUGCAAAGAACGCAGCGUACAUCCCUCAGAGUAUCGUACAUAUUGUGAGAAAAAAUACGGCAAAUGGCGGACAAUGUUCCUACCAGCUGAUCCGACAGAAUGUCGUUGUUGUGAUGAAUGUAUAUUUUACAGAGAAUUAGACCAGUCCUGUAUGCAAGAUGAAUAUAACUUUGAGGCAGACGAGUUCCUUCCAGUCACCACUAUAGACUUCAGGGCUGGAUGCAAUCCGUAUUGGGGCCAUCCUGAGCAAGAGUCGAGAGCCCUUCGCUGUGAUAAGAUCUUGAGGAGAUGUGUACCAAUUUCAAUACCGGCACUGCCGAGUGAAACGAUAAAUGUCCGUCGUAGUUACCGUUUCGAGCCGCCCACUUCAGACGACUGCCCGCUCUCCUGUAGAGGCUGGGAAUGUUCUGGCGGACAGGUGGCCGAGGAGCGCUGUCCUCUUGGAGCCUUCCUACCAGACCGGGAGACCUGUAACUGCUGCGGCCGGUGCAGCACCUACCAACAGCUGAACCAAAAAUGCGCUGAGUUCAAGAAAACAGUUCACUUUAUAAAUGGCUCCAAGGAGACGGAGGUGGAGGAAGAAUUUCUCGAGCCGGGUUGUGAUGAUGGACUGGUCUGCAGGCAGGGUUUGUGUCAAGAUAUACAUUCCGUGCCUACCCCGCCAGGGCUAAGGAGGAAGAGGGACGAGAGUCUCAUGGAAGCAAACGAACCUUGUAAGAAAGAGUUGAAGUACUUCAAGAAAAAAUACGGAAAAGAUGGACACUUGCAUUACAACGCCCCUCAAUGUACCCCCCUUUGGCUAUACGCUCCCGUCCAGUGCCGUCGGUUCGUGUGUUACUGUUCGCUAGAGGACGGCACCUUCAUUCAAGGCAUCAAAGUACCUCGAGUUGAAGUUUCCAAUAUGAACUGUGACUGCGUUCGAGAGAAAUGUCGAACGGGUUCGAACGUUGAGUGUGACGGGUACGGGAAUUACAAGGAGGCGAUAUUCUCGCCUCACCUGGAACUCGUUCAUCACGUGGUCUACACCACUACAACCACAAAAAAGAAUUCAGUAAACUUCAGGACGGGCUACGAAGCGGCGCUACCAGCUAAGCCUAUACCAUUCUAGAUUUAUAUACAUUUUUAUUUUUGAUCCUGUCUUAAAUAAAAAGCUUUUCAGCGUA